AUGCCACCACGGCUCAACCUCUUCACAGCCAACAAGGCCGUCUCGGCCCUCCGCCAAUCUACCACUCCCGCACUCUCUUCACCCCGGAGCAUCGCCAGCCCAGCUCGAUUCCGCGCUGUCCAGUCCGUACCCCUUCAGAAGCGAUGGAACUCUUCGCGUGAUGGCUCGAAGAAGGUCGAGCCCCAGCCCGAUGAGCAGACCUUCCCGACUUCGGACCAGCUCCCCCAUGUUAGCGAGGAGGCUGCUGAGAUCUCGCGCAUUAUGGAUAAGGAAAAGCGGUGCGAUGGUGUCCCCUCCACUCCAGAGCUGGACCAAGGGACUCCAGUUGAGGAGAUCCUCAGCCGCGAUAAGGAUGCUAUGAAGCACAUGCCCAAGAUUAUGCGGGACGAACUUAAGAAGGCCGGUGGCUCGCGCUCAUUCUCGACCUCGGCUCGUAGCCGCAUGCCGGAUGUGCAGGGUGUUGAGCCUAACAACGAGUCCAUCCCCGUUCCUGGUGUCGGUGCUGGACAGGGCAUUGAGGCUAGCGAUGAGGCUGCUGCUGCUCUUGCUAGCAUGAUUGAGCAGGUGCAGGAGCAGGCUCUUGAGCAAAACCCCGGCUUGAAGUUCGAUGAGCCUGUUCUGCCUAGCAACAUUCGCACAUUGAACUUCCGGAAACGCUACGAUACGCUGCAGGACCAGUUUACCAAGAUGAUGAUGGAGAAACAUGUCCAUCGUUCUGGACCACCUCCGCACCGCCGCCCCCCACAGGUAAACCCUCGCCGCCGUCUCCUUGGUGCUCCUCCCGCUUCCCAACUCCCCCUCGACCCCGUUCUCUACCUCACCCUGAUCGUCGACUCCGUCGCUCCUCUUUUCCGAAUCCGCCAGCAGAAGGGUAUCGCCGGUGGUGGUACUGCGGUGCAGAUCCCCCACCCGCUGACUCUGCGCCAGCGUCGCCGCACCGCUAUCAAGUGGAUUCUCGACCAGUCGGACAAGCGCAAGGAUGCUCUGUUCGCGCACCGCGUUGCGGCUGAGCUGGUGGCCGUCGCUGAGGGCCGUAGCUCUGUCUGGGACAAGAGAGAUCAGCAGCACAAGAUUGGUAUUUCUGGUCGUGCCAACUUGGGUGUUCGCAGUCGUUAA